AUGGGUGAGGAGAUCUCCGACUUCGAAAAGCAGCGUCUGGCCAACAUCGCCGAACGCGAUGCGCUCCUCAAGAAGCUCUCCCUGGAGGCGCAGUCCUCGGGGCUCUUCCCACCCAAGAUGCAGCCUUCCAGGACGCCUUCAUCGCGGGAUCAGUCCGCUCGCGCGAAGAAGAAAACGCCCGUGAAGCGCGUCAAACAGGAGGAGGCGUCGCCGGUGCCGCGUCGGAUGUCGUCGCGGCUGAGGGGCAUCGCGGCGGAGAGCGAGGUUGCCAAGCGGAAAGCGGAGGAGCAGGAUGCGGCGCUGCAGGCGGCGGAGCGGGCGAAGCGCGUGCGCAAGUCGGACGCCUUCUCGUUCAACGAGAUGGUGGUGUAUGGGCAGAAGCUCUCCGGGGAUAGUCUGAUCGGGGUGGAUGUGGUCACCAAGGGCGUAGCGAUGCCGUACCAGCGCACGUUUGACGAGGAUGAUAUCGAGCAGACGACGGAUAAAGAUCUCAAAGCAUUGAGGGAGGAGAUGAGCGGAUUGAAGCUGUGGGAGGCGUGGGAGCCUAACCGCAUCAAGCUCACCCCGGAGAGAGUUUACACUAUGGCCUUUCACCCGACUGAGACAAAGCCCCUUCUCUUUGCUGGCGACAAAUUGGGCCACAUUGGCAUUCUCGAUGCAUCGCAAGAACGGACCAACGCGAUCAAGGCCGAGGAAUCCGGCGACGAGGACGAGGACGAUGAUGACCUCGACCCCAGCUUCACCACCCUCAAACCGCACACUCGCACCAUCAGCUCCAUCUACAUCCAUCCUUCCACCCCAACCCGCAUUUACACCGCCAGCUACGACAGCAGCAUCCGCGCGACCGACCUCGAGAAGUCCACCAGCGUCGAGCAAUACGCCCCCGAAUCCACGUCCGACGACGUCCCCAUCUCGGGCCUCGACAUGGCUGCCGACGACCCGCACGUCCUCUAUUGGACGACCCUAGACGGUGAAUUCGGGCGCUACGACACACGUCUCGAUCGCUCGAAAUCGCAAUCCGUGACCACCUGGCGUCUCGCCGAAAAGAAGAUCGGAGGAUUCUCUCUCUACCCCGCGCGACCCCAUUACUUCGCAACUGCCUCGCUCGAUCGGUCCAUGCGCCUCUGGGAUCUCCGCAUGCUGCAAGCCCCCACAAAAGCCGCUGGACGGUCCACCCGACGCCAGGUACAAGAGGAAGACGACGAGCAGUCGUCCUGGGUUCCCGUCGGCGAGCACUACAGUCGACUCUCCGUGUCACACGCUGCCUUUAACAGUGCCGGCCAGAUUGCCACCUCCUCGUACGACGAUACCAUCAAGAUUUACGAUCUUGGCGGCCCCAAGGGAAUCAACACGUGGAAGCAAGGCCAUACACUCUCCGAAGAGGAGUUGAAGCCCCAAACAGUCGUCAGGCAUAAUUGCCAGACAGGACGAUGGGUGACUAUCCUUCGCCCGCAAUGGCAACAAAACCCCCAAUCCCCCAUCCAGCGCUUCUGCAUUGGCAACAUGAACCGCUUCGUCGACGUCUACAGCGCCUCCGGGGAUCAACUGGCCCAGCUCGGCGGCGAGGGCAUCACGGCCGUCCCCGCGGUGGCGGUCUUCCAUCGGAGUAAGAACUGGGUGGCGGGCGGUACGGCAAGCGGGAAGAUCUGCUUGUGGAUGUAGUCGAGCCUUGGACGAUUGGCCGCGUGUCUCGGUUUGAGGUGAUUCUGGUUUUCACGUUGGCGGCGGCUCUUGUUGGAUGUACUGUAGAUCUGUAAAUAAUCGUGUUAGCAUAUUCGGAUUUUGUAAGCGGGGUUGAGCUUUGGCAUGGCAGUCUGUGGCUU